CACUCUGUGCUCUUUGACUCUGCUGGCCUUAUAAGGCAUCCAGAGCCAUGGCAACAGCAGUGCUUGAAUAGCAGUGUCAAAUCCCUCAGCACACAGACACACGCUCACUCUCCCUAAAGGAGGGAGAGAAGCGGAGGAAGAGGAGGCUAUCUCUGGGCUGCACUCCGUUGCUGAGUCUGGUUAGAAGAGAAAAGGGCGCUGUGUUUUUUUCCUGCCCUGUUGGGGCUAAUUUAUUCCUGCCUGGGCCAGGCAGAAAAACAAGAAAGGGAAGGAGCAGGAGAGGGAAGAGCGCAACAGUCUGGCAGCUGCAGCAGGGAGGUUCUGGUCUUUGGAUGUAACUGUGCGAUGGACAAGCUCUGACAAAACAAGAAAAUAGAGACAUGACUUUAAGGAAGGAGAGCAGCCUGUGACUGAGGAGAUUUCUCAACCCAGCCUUUGUUUUGGCUUGUUUUUUUUUCUCUGACAUUUGAUCCUCUGACCCCAUUGGCUUUGAAGGAGCAAGAGAAAACAAGAGUUUCGUCACAGAGGGCAGAGCAGGAGGACGUCUUUGGUUAACUUUGCUGCUACAGAAAGUAGCUGAGUCAGAAGAAACAUUAACUUAAGGUGUCAUUUCCAAAAAAUAGAAGAGAGGAAGAAUAAAAUAUUUGUUUUGCAUUUUUAAAUCACCAUUGGCUGCAUUUAAAAAAAAGCCUCAACAAGUCAAGAGUGAGUCUGGACUGGAGGUGCUCAGAUCAGAAGAUAGCAGCAAGAGCUCAAGAGCCAUUGAUCAGAGGUCAGGGCUGAACAUAAGAGGAGAGAGAGAGAGAGCAGAGGGAUUAAAGAACGGAGAGGAAAAAUAUAGAAGAGGAAGGAGCUCCGGGGUCAAGUCAGCCAGACAAGCAAAGGGGAGAAAGGUCAACGCAGGCGAGGCUCCUGCCUUCAGAUAUCUCAGGACAAAGCUGGUUGAAUCUAAACAAGGAGUCCUGGUGUCGGAGUUAGGAAUCAGUCCUUUAAACUUCCUGGGGAAGAGAAAAGCCCGGUGGACAGAGCAUAAGGUCCGUUUAUGAUCCUCUCACUGGAUCAGAGAAUAUGGCCAUGGUGAGUGGGGGAUGGGGCAACCCCAACGGUGACACUAACGGACUGGGAGAGAAGGCUUACCUGAGGAGGGAGGAGGACAACGACUCACCCCAGGCUGGCAGCAGCGACGUGGACGUUGGGGACGAGGACAAGGCAGGCGUGGUGGACUGCGUGGUGUGUGGGGACAAGUCCAGCGGUAAGCACUACGGCGUGUUCACCUGCGAGGGCUGCAAGAGCUUCUUCAAGAGGAGCAUCAGGAGGAACCUCAACUACUCCUGCAGAUCAAACAGAGAAUGCCAAAUUGACCAGCAUCAUCGGAACCAGUGCCAAUAUUGUCGUCUGAAGAAGUGUUUCCGUGUCGGGAUGCGCAAAGAAGCUGUCCAGCGGGGUCGACUCCCUCCUACUCACUCAGGUAUCAGUCCCAACCCGCUUUCUGGAGGGGCUGGUGGUCCUGGUCCAGGUCACCUCGGGGCAGACUACUUCAAUGGGAACCCGGUGUCAGAGCUCAUCUCCCAGCUCCUCCGGGCCGAGCCGUACACCAACAGCCGUUACGGAGCCCCCUACGCCCAGGCGCAGAUGCAGGCAUCAGCAGGCGGGGCGUCCGUAAUGGGCAUCGACAGCAUCUGUGAGCUGGCUGCCCGCCUCCUCUUCAGCACCAUCGAGUGGGCCAGGAACAUCCCAUACUUCCCAGAACUCCCAGUCUCAGAACAGGUAGCGCUACUGAGACUAAGCUGGAGUGAGCUGUUCAUCCUGAACGCAGCUCAGUCCGCCCUGCCGCUGCACAUGGCUCCUCUGCUGGCAGCCGCCGGCUUCCACUCGUCCCCCAUGUCUGCGGAGCGGGUGGUGUCGUUCAUGGACCAGGUCAGGGUUUUCCAGGACCAGGUGGACAAGCUGAACCGGCUACAGGUGGACUCAGCCGAGUACAGCUGCCUCAAAGCUAUCGCCCUCUUUUCCCCUGAUGCAUGUGGCCUGUCAGACCCCGCCCACGUGGAGUCCCUACAGGAGAAGGCCCAGGUCGCCCUGACGGAGUACGAGAGGCUUACGUACCCCAGCCAGCCGCAACGCUUUGGCCGCUUGCUGCUGCGUCUCCCUGCUCUACGCGCCGUUCCUGCGAAUCUCAUUUCCCAACUCUUCUUCAUGAGGCUGGUGGGAAAAACACCGAUCGAGACGCUGAUCCGAGACAUGCAGCUCUCAGGGAGCUCCAUCAGUUGGCCGUACGCUGCAGGACAGUAAAGGACCCCUUCAGAGAGAGACAGACUGAGAUCAGACUUUAAGAAGGCAUCGCCAGGACUCCAUGCUGUGACUUUCAGAUCCUAACUAAGGAGACAUUUUCCCUCUCUAUUCCUGUGAAAUUAGACUGGAAUGACAGUCAGGUUAUUUGAUAGAAACACUGCGUUAUUGUCCUGAUGUAUGUUUGCAGCACUUGUCAGUCGUGUUCCCUCCUCUGGCUGAUCUCGCUUCGUCUCACUCUGAUUGAACAGGGCCUUCAUUAAACUGCUCUCUCACAUGAGGCCAUGUGCCUCUUCUACCUCCUCCCAUAUGACACCCCAAUGUGACUCUUGUUGAACCCAGGCUCUGUGUGCUCUACCUUCUUUGUUGUCCAGUCUAAAUUAAGCCAUAGCAGCCAUGGGCACUGCGACAUACAGAUCAAAGCUGGGAGGCGUUGGAGGGAUCAUGCAGAAGCUCUCAUAUGUAUUUCAUGAACCCAGGAGAUAGAUGAAUGAAUGAAUGAAUGAAUGAAUGAAUGAAUGAAUGAAUGAAUGAAUGAAUGAAUGAAUUGUCUGCAGCCUGGGCGAUGGACUUUGUCAUCCUCAGCUAUGUAAAUACAAGUCUGUUACAGUGCUGUGAAAAAAGCAUUUGCCCCCUUACAGAUUUCCUUUGUUUUUGGCUUGUUGGAGUUUAUCCCAUAAAACCCAUCUGUAUUUAGUCCAGACCUGGACUGGCCGUUGUUUUUUAGAAUUUACUUUAUUCAAAUUUAUGGCUUCAUAAUUUUUGGCAGGACAUCCAGGUCCUAAAGCAGAGCAGUCCCAGCCCAUCACACUACCAUCCUGUGUAAGAGAAUCUUUUUCGCACACCUUCCACUAGGUCCCACUUUUGGCCUAAAUACCCUAAAUGCAUUUUCCCAAAAACUCUUAGGGGACAUUAGGACAGAUGUCAGAGGUGCUCAAGUCCAGUCCUCAAGAGCUACUAUCCUGCAACUAUUUGAUGCAACCAUUUUAACACACCUGAAUCAAAUGAGUGGCUCAAUAUCACGCUUCUGCUGGGCUAAAUGAGGGGAUUAAGGCUUUGGAUUCAGGUGUGCUAGAGAGGAGAUGCAUGUAAAAGAUACAGGAUGGUAGCUCUUGAGGACUGGACUUGAGCACCCUUGAUCUAUUUCUUUUUGACUAGUUUGUCUUUUAAAGGCACACUGUGUAACUUUUGGCCACUAGGGUGCCAGAGUUUCUUCAGGGUGUCUUGAAACGAAGUGAGCGUGAGUUAAACUAUCACGACAGCACUUAAAGGCUUACAGUGUGAGGUCCGUAGGUGGGAAAUGCAGGAGCUUGCAGUGAGGAAGGUGGUUGCCAUGCAGGAGGAGGCUGGUCGGUAACGGGCAGGGCUGACCUGAUGAGUCUGCGGUGUGGCGGAAAGUGACAGUCAGCUGGGCGUUGCGCUGAUUGAGCACUGGCAUGACAGCUUGAAUCUCUGAGAGGCUGAGAAACGGACCAGAGGCUGACAUGCUCAGCAAAGAUCUGUGACUCGUGGCGCUCAGAGGUGGGAUUCGGAGCCAAACAACCACGUAUGGCUAGCAGGAGAAAAACAAAGGCUGGACACAGAAACCACUGCAACACCCUGACAACAUCGAAAUAAUAACAAAGAUAUAUGAUUGUAUACUAGGAGCAAAGUGUUAACUUCUGCUCUAGUAAUAAAGUUGAGAAAAGAGAAUCGAUUUUAAAUCCGACUUCUUCUUUCAGCCUGCGCCAACAAAUAAACUCAUUUCCAUGUUUCACGUUUUCUCUUUUUAGCCUCCUUAGAAGGUUUAAACUUUUUCCUUGCCUCAGACAUGACCAGUAGUCGAGCAGGCGGGAAAACUAGUAGAGCAAAAGCGUUAGCUCCAUGACUAUAUGAGAGCCUGUGCCCGUAAAGCGAUACUUUCUUCCAGGUCACAUGACCUGGCCAAUGACGGUCCGUCAUCUCCCAGCUUACAUAGUUGGUAUUUGAAGAAGGGAGACCCGCUUGUAGGAUUGAUAGUAUCAAUCGCUGUAUAUUGGCUUA